AUCAGUAUUACGAAAACAAAACAAAAAUCGUCAGCAAAAUGCGGACAGCAGUUUUACGGGGAAUCUUAAACCCCUUGAAGUCAGCAUCUUCCAAGCCUACAAGGAGGACAUGGUGUGAGACCAGGAGGUUUAUCAGAACCACAGCACAUCUUCAAACCCUAACAGCCAAUCAGAGGGCUCUAUCAGAGGAUGUUACUAUGGUAACAAGACCAGUAGAUAUGCUCUCUGAGGAGGAACAGAUGAUGAAAGAGUCAGUUGCCAAACUUGCGUCAGAAGUGAUCAAACCUUUAGUUAGAAAAAUGGAUGAAGAAUCUCAGUGUGACCCUGCUGUACUCAAGGCUUUGUUUGAAAAUGGGUUGAUGGGCAUUGAGAUUGGCUCGGAGUAUGGUGGUACAAACUCCUCAUUUUUUGUGGCAAACUUGGUGAUUGAGGAGCUGGCCAAGGUUGACCCCGCCAUUAGUGUCAUGGUAGAUGUCCAUAACACCCUGAUAAACACUCUCAUCAAGAAAUUGGGGACUGAGGAACAGAAGGAGAAAUACCUCCCCAGGCUAGCCACAGACAUGGUGGGCAGUUUUUGUUUAUCAGAGGCGGACGCUGGAUCAGAUGCCUUUGCCAUGCGUGGAGCAGCAGUGAAACAAGGAGAUUACUACAUCCUUAAUGGAACAAAAAUCUGGAUUACCAAUGCUGAACAUGCCGGGGUUUUCUUAGUCAUGGUCAAUGCUAACCCAACAGCAGGUUACAAAGGAAUCACCACUUUCCUAGUGGACAGAGACACAGAGGGACUUAGUAUUGGGAAGAAGGAAGACAAACUAGGAAUCCGGGCCUCAAGCACCUGUCCUGUGCAUCUGGACAAUGUCAAGGUUCCUGCAUCCCAUAUUCUUGGAGAGUUUGGCAUGGGGUACAGAUAUGCCAUAGAAAUGUUAAAUGAAGGAAGGAUUGGUAUUGCUUCUCAGAUGCUGGGCUUGGCAGAGGGUUGUUUUAAUGCUACAGUUCCAUACACAAUGGAAAGAAAGCAGUUUGGAAAAAGAGUGUUUGAUUUCCAGGGUAUGAGGCAUCAGAUAGCUCACGUGGCUACACAGAUUGAGGCCUGUAGGUCACUUGUUUAUAAUGCCGCAAGGAAGAAGGAGGCAGGACAACCAUUCCUGAAGGAGGCUGCGAUGGCAAAAUUAUAUGCAUCAGAGUUGGCCACUUUAACAACAUCUAAAUGCAUUGAAUGGAUGGGAGGAGUUGGAUUUACCAAGGAUUAUCCCAUAGAAAAGUACUACAGGGACUGCAAAGUUGGUACCAUUUAUGAAGGGACAUCAAACAUUCAGUUGAACACUAUUGCCAAAUGUAUAGAAGCUGAGGGAUUUUCAGGAAACUGAGAGAAGACAAAAACAUGCAGAACUCAUUCUAAUUUAACAAAUGCUAUUGGGAUGAUCUUUGAACAGAAACAAAUCAGAAGUCUGCAACAUAUUGGUGUAAAUUUGUUCAAGUACAUUUUUGUCUAGUUUAUUUGCUGUGAUACAUAAAUUAAAACCAACAUGGUGAGACAAGACAUAUUUUCAACAAAGUAAAUGUAACUUAUGCUUCAUGAAUCUCCAAACCGUAAGAAAAUUCAUAUUUCUAAAACUUUAUGUAUUUAUUAAAAUGAUGUGAUAAUAAUCAAGUUACUGCGGUUUUAAGCUCAACUGUUCUAAUUCAGGAAGAGUUUAUUUUAUGAAGUGUUGUUGUCAGCAUCUCAUUUUCUAGAAAACGUCCAUUUUCAAGUAUGGAUCUAGAGUUCAUAAGCAUUACAACCAGACUACUGCAUCUGAACUAUAUUUUUGCAUGUACAUAAAUUGCUAUAAAGUCACUAUUUAUUUGAGUAGAUCCAUUCUUAUAUAGUCAUAAUACCAACAUUUACUGGGCCCAAAGUUGCCAGGGUGAUAUACUGCUUAUGUUGCUGCUUCUGACCCAUAUAUUCCAAACAUUGCCAGUUCUAAGUUUAUUGGCCCGGCCGGGUCCAUUCUUAAGUAAAUAUUAGCCUAAAAUGAUGCAAUUGACAAAUGCAUUUUAAUGUUCAUUAAUAGGGUAUAAUGUGAUUGUAUUACUUAAAAGGGAAACUAAUGUUUUUCAAGGUGAGGUCUGUAGUGUUAAAUUACAUUCAUACCUCGUUAUCUCGAACUUGAUGGGACUGAGAAAAUACUUCGAGAUAUCCGAGGAUUCGAGAUAUUGGAGGUAAAAUACUUAUAGAAUAAGUGGUUGGGACUUCCAACUCAGUUUGACGUCAGUGUUUGAGAUAAUGAAGUUCAACUUGACAUGAUCUUAACCCAAGCAGACUUUGGUAAUGGGACAGGAUAAAACAUGUAAAUGAAAUACUAUAAAAGUAAAACAAAAUCCCUGAGUGAAUGAGAAAUGACUGAGAAUCCAUGGGUUUUCUUGUUUUUGUAUAUUUAUGAUUUCUUUGUUAUUUGUCAUUCUUACCUUGUCUCUUGUUUAGCUGAAUACAUGUAGCUGUUGAUGUUCAUGGUUGAUGACUUAUUCUUUGUUGUUAUGGCAUUAUUUUUUAAAUUAUGAUUCUUUUUUUAUAUGUUUGUCUCUCAUCUCUCUCUCUCUCUCUCUGUGUAAGAACAAUUUUAUUUGAGCAAAUAUAGUUCUUCAUUGCUGAAAAGUUAAAAUAACAAUAAAAAAAAUAAUAUCAUGACAUAUUUUUUGUUCAAAUUAAUAAAAUGGAAUUUUUUAAA